AUGAUUGACGAAUGCUUCUAUGACCCCCCAGAGCUCAUUCCACUUUACGCUCAAACACCCAAAACGCGCUGCAUCGACAUAGAUGAGGCUCCACCCAGAUACGCGCUCAGUAUUCAAGAAUCGCAGCCCUCCCCAGCACUCACUCCGAGGGGCCUACACUGCCGCUGGAAGCUGGCCGGCAAGAUCUUCACCAAGCGACGCGGCAUGCACGAGUUUCGAUACAAAGAGUCCACACCCCUUCUACGCGCGUACAGAUAUAGCCUACAACUCGGCGAGCGAGGCGCUGAAUUUCGAACCGCUUUGGUGGACGCCAUGGCUGAGGUGAUUGACGAUUACGGGAUGGUAUGGUUUCCCUAG